CGGCACUGGGGCAAGAUGGCUGCUGAGAAACAGGUUCCCGGUGGCGGCGGCGGCGGCGGCAGCGGCAGUAGCGGCGGUGGACGCGGUGCGGGAGGAGAAGAAAAUAAGGAAAACGAGCGCCCUUCGGCCGGAUCGAAGGCCAACAAGGAGUUCGGGGACAGCCUGAGCUUGGAGAUUCUCCAGAUUAUUAAGGAAUCCCAGCAGCAGCACGGCUUGCGGCAUGGAGAUUUUCAGAGGUACAGGGGCUACUGUUCCCGUAGACAAAGGCGUCUCCGGAAAACACUCAACUUCAAGAUGGGGAACAGACACAAGUUCACAGGGAAAAAAGUAACUGAAGAUCUUCUGACUGAUAACAGAUACUUGCUGCUGGUUCUGAUGGAUGCUGAAAGAGCCUGGAGCUAUGCCAUGCAGCUCAAACAGGAAGCCAACACUGAACCCCGAAAACGGUUCCACUUGUUGUCUCGCCUCCGCAAAGCCGUGAAGCAUGCAGAGGAGUUGGAGCGCUUGUGUGAGAGCAAUCGCGUGGAUGCCAAGACCAAGUUGGAGGCUCAGGCUUACACGGCGUACCUCGCAGGGAUGCUGCGGUUUGAGCAUCAGGAGUGGAAAGCUGCCAUCGAGGCUUUUAACAAGUGCAAAACUAUCUACGAGAAGCUCGCCAGCGCUUUCACAGAGGAGCAGGCCGUGCUGUACAACCAGCGCGUGGAGGAGAUCUCGCCCAACAUCCGCUACUGUGCCUACAACAUCGGGGACCAGUCAGCUAUCAAUGAACUCAUGCAGAUGAGACUCAGGUCUGGGGGCACCGAGGGGCUCCUGGCUGAAAAAUUGGAGGCAUUGAUUACUCAGACUCGAGCCAAACAGGCGGCCACCAUGAGCGAAGUGGAAUGGAGGGGGAGGACGGUCCCCGUCAAGAUCGACAAAGUGCGGAUCUUUUUACUGGGAUUGGCUGACAACGAGGCGGCCAUCGCUCAGGCUGAGAGUGAAGAGACCAAGGAGCGCCUGUUUGAAUCCAUGCUCAGCGAGUGUCGGGACGCCAUCCAGGCCGUUCGGGAAGAGCUGAAGCCGGACCAGAAACAGCGAGAUUUCAGCCUGGACGGGGAGUCGGGGAAGGUCUCUAACCUUCAGUACCUGCACAGCUACCUGACUUACAUCAAGCUGUCCACGGCCAUCAAGCGCAACGAGAACAUGGCGAAAGGGCUGCAGAGGGCCCUGCUGCAGCCGCAGCCGGAGGAUGACAGCAAGCGCUCGGCCCGGCCCCAGGACCUGAUCCGGCUCUACGACAUCAUUCUGCAGAAUCUGGUGGAGCUGCUCCAGCUCCCGGGCUUAGAGGACGACAGAGCCUUCCAGAAAGAGAUAGGCCUCCGGACCCUGGUGUACAAGGCCUACAGGUGUUUCUUCAUCGCUCAGUCCUACGUGCUGGUGAAGAAGUGGAGCGAAGCCCUCGUCCUGUAUGACCGAGUCCUGAAAUAUGCAGAUGAAGUGAGUUCCGAUGCUGGGGCCUUCAGGAGCAGCCUGAAGGACCUGCCCGAUGUGCAGGACCUCAUCACGCAGGUGAGGUCGGAGAAGUGCUCUCUGCAGGCGGCGGCCAUCCUGGAUGCAAGUGACUCCCAGCAAACAGAGACUGCCUCCCAAGUCAAGGACAAUACGCCUCUGGUUGAACGGUUUGAGACAUUCUGCCUGGACCCUUCCCUCGUCACCAAGCAGGCCAACCUCGUGCACUUCCCCCCCGGCUUCCAGCCCAUCCCGUGCAAGCCUCUGUUCUUCGACCUGGCCCUCAACCACGUGGCCUUCCCGCCCCUGGAGGACAAGUUGGAGCAGAAGACCAAGAGCGGCCUCACUGGCUACAUCAAGGGCAUCUUUGGAUUCAGGAGCUAACCAGGCUCCUUGGGGGCAGGGAGAUCCGACCCAGUCUGUCUUGUGAGAAACCCAGCGAGUUCCAUGGUGGUAGAUGCAGGGCCGCACUGGCCCAGGGUGGGGGUGGAGCCCUCAGCCCUGCGUCCCUGUGUCUUGUGUGUCUGUGACUUAAUCCUUAACCACGUGCGGGAAGGGCACCCUGUGGUCUUCUGGGGCGUGCGGGGUCCCUCUGUCCGGCUCCUGGGGGGGCACUGCCCGCUGGUCCCGUGUGCGCGGUGGUUGAUUUCCUCCGGUCGGUAUGUGUUCGGGGGGAGUUCACACCAGGCACGGAAGGGGUUCGGGGGUUCUCUCCCGCCCUUCAAUGCCGUGGGUUAGAAACGAGCUCCUCGCCGUGAGCACCCAGAACCCCUUGAAAAGUGUGUCCGUGACGCAUGCUUGGCAGCGUCUCCCCAGAGUCACGGUGGCCUCAUCCCCUCACCUCCACCUGGAAGUUACGUUUCAGAACAAGCAAAGAGCUCUAUUUUUAGAAGAAAUGUGUUACAGUCAGAAAUGAUGAAAACAAAUCUUAUAUUAAAAGGCAAAGAUGUUGGAGACUGUGCCCGUUUUUUCACGUGCCCCACUCAGCCCAGGCCCAGCCUCUCCGUGGGACGUGUCAGGUGGACCCUGACUCCCGGGCGGGGGGUGUGUCCGAGGUGAGAUAAGCGUGUCAGACAGUGUCUGCGGUUCCCAGGCUGUCGUCUGUAGCUGCCACAUAGUGUAACCAGUUUCUCCCGUUGCCCCUUAUGUUGCCCUUCGUCAUUCUUUAUUUCUAUUAUAGCAUCACUAAUAAGUCACAAAGGCAAUGUGAGGAAGAAGGGAUGUUAGGUGAUUUAAACCUGAGAUGUACCUGAACCUCUGAAUCCCUUGGAAAUGGGAACAUCCCACGGGGAACGGGGAACGUUGGCUGAGUGUGGUUCGGACUUGGCGCCGACUAGAGCAGCUUGAAGAGGAGGUUGAUCGCUUCAGGAUCUGAGCGAGUUCUUACAAGAUGGACUCCCACCGUGGGCACGACGGGCCUCCCUCCCAGGGAAUUGCAGAAGCCAGAUUGUGGUGGGAAGACGCCCGGCUGCUCGUCAGAACUGCAGACUCGAGGUGCUCACACGUGACCUCUCCUCCCCCAGGAUUUGCUUUGGGUCAAAGAGAACUUUUUUUUUUUGUAAUUGAAAGUUUCAUGGUCUCUGCCACACCAUUUGGGGGAUCCUCCCUCCUGAAAUAUAAACAGUGAGCGUA